CACGGAAUGCACGACACAUUCCGGAAACUGUCAAAAGAGCAACUCAGACAAAUGCUUGGAUCCAUACCGAAUGAAGCGGACUACAAGGCUGCACCUGCAGAGGAAGUUGAACUUCUAGAUGAAACCGAUAUACCAAAAGAAUUUGAUGCGCGGCAACAAUGGCCAUACUGCCGUUCCAUUAGGCUGAUCCGUGACCAGGCAAACUGUGGCUCCUGCUGGGCAGUUUCUGCGGCAUCAGUUAUGUCGGACAGGGUGUGCAUAGCGACUUACGGCAUAGUCCAGCCUUAUAUAUCAGAUGAAAACAUCCUGUCGUGCUGCACGUCUGGUGGCCAUGGAUGCCACGGUGGCGACCCACUUUCGGCGUUUAAGUACUGGAAACAGGGAAUACCAAAUGGCGGACCUUACAACACUACCAAUGGAUGCCAACCGUAUACGAAAUGCUGGGAAGGGUGUCCAGGAGGUACUCCGGCAUGCAUGGGACAUAAGUGCAUUCCUGAAUUUCCGUAUUCCUAUAACAGUUCACUGUAUUACGGUGCUACCUGGUAUUGGAUUCAAUCAAUGGAACGCGCUCAACAAGACAUAAUGAAAUAUGGACCUAUCGAUGCAACGUUUCAUGUGUAUGAAGAUUUAUAUUAUUAUAAAAGCGGAGUAUACAAGCACACUACUGGAAAGCAUGAAGGCAGUCAUGCGGUACGAGUAAUUGGGUGGGGAGAAGAAAACGGCGUCCCAUAUUGGCUGAUAACCAAUUCUUGGGGACCAUAUUGGGGCGACAACGGUUUGUUCAAAAUACUCAGAGGACAAGAUGAAUGUGCAAUAGAAAGUUACCUGACUACCGGAACAUCGACUCUCUGA